AAGAUUUUCUUUUAAUAUAAAUUCUGCCUAUACACAAAACCACUCUGUCCUUCCCAUUAGCCUCUUUGGCAGGGCUACACAAUGACCUCAUCUGGAAUGGGCCUAAGCACAGAAAAAACACACGCACACACACGGCCAUAAGCCUACAGAGCCCCAUAUAAGGAUUUACUGAUGAUGUAAUGGGCGCCACUGACUGCUAGUGAGACUUGGUGUGCAGAGCCCUUCUCAUAAUGUUUGGUUUUCCGGAUGGAAUGUCCACAUCACUGGGAUCUCUGGGAAAGGGAGACGUGAAGGCAAAGGAAAGCAUGCUCUCCAAGAAUCUUCUUCAAAAGAAGAAAAACCAGCAGCCCUGCUCAGGGACGUGCUGAUAAUUCAAGAACAGCAGGGACCUUCUGCCUCUUUAAGCUGGACUUUGGUAGCUUCUGAAGAUAAGAAGAUGGCUGGGUGCAGCCUCAAGAGUACUCGAGUAUUUGGGAUCUAAAUAAGAAACAACAGAAGGAACAAGAACAGAAUCAAAGGACUAUCGCAAUAAGGGGAAUGUGACUAUUCUUAACCGUCCUACAUCGCUGUUUAAGGAGAAUUAAACGUCUGAGUUAAAGAAAACAGGAAUGACAUAAAUUCUGAGACCCGCUUUUACUAUAUUGAACAGAAAUUCCAUACUCUAAAAGAGAAGACAGAACCCAAAACCCCAGUAUUCUGGAAACCUGCAAUCCAGUUUCAUCCAAGACGUAAUGACAACCCCAAUCCUACUUUCAGAGGUGGACAUCCUGAGGAGGAGGGUGAUGGAAAUGGAGGCAAAGGACGAAGAGCUGAUCCGAAUGGCAGAUCAGUGUCGGGAGCUGGAUCACAGGCUUACCAAAGAGAACCGCCUUUGCCACGGUCUGAGAGUUGAAGUGGUGAAGCUCAAUGGCAGAAUCAACAAACUGGACAGGGUAGAGGAGGCUUUAGGGAAAAGCAGACAGGACUGUAGCGUUCUGAAGAACAGCUUGGAGCAGGAGACAGAGGCCAGAAAGAUGCUGACGGCUGAGCUGGACACACUCAGAGUUAAAGUGAGGGAGCUGGAGGCUGUUGAAGGCCGAAUGGAAAAGACGGAAACUGUUGUCAGGCAGGAUCUGUGCAAGCUCAGGUCACUUACUGUAGCCUUGGUAGAAGAAAGGAAGAGUAUGGCGGAAAAGCUCAAACAGGCGGAGGAGAAAAUGAACAGAAAAGAAAGCCAAAGAAAUGAGUUCGGGAGUUCAGCAACAGCAGAGAGACUUAAGGAAGAGAGUCAGACCGCAUUACGGUUUAGCACCGAUUUUGAAGAGAAGAUAAAAAGCAUCGUAAAGGAAAAGGCUGAGCUCCAAAACAGACUCAAAACGGAGGAAGAGAAGAACCAAGAGUUAGAAGGUAAAAUAACCACAAUGAAGAAAAAAUUAGAUGCCUUUGACAACAACAGAAAAAAGGAGAAGUACGCUCACAUCUCCAUUCCAAACAACCACACAGACGACAACAAGAUUAAAGAGCUGACGCAGGAGCUGGAUGCGCUGCGGAAGAGACUCCAGGACAAGGAGGUGUUAAAGCGUGAACUCAUCAAAGUAGAGAAAGAUUUUGAGUUCCUUGAAAAGAAGCUCCAGGAGGAACAGCAGAGAACACAAGCCCUAACAGGAGAGCUUGAGCUUGCGAAGAAGGAGCUUUCCAGGUACGAGCAUGAAGAGAAGCAGGAGGUCAACCAGGAGCAUCUUCUGCUGUGCCAUCUCCAGAAGGAGCAGGUUAAAUCCAGACUCCUAACCAAAGAAGUAGAUAGCCUGAAGGAGAAACUACAAAAGCUGACAGGAACAGAGGAAAGCACCUGCAGGGCACAAGUGGAUCAUACAAGACUUCAGAGAAAACUCACCCAGCAGGAAAUCCAGAACAAAAAGUUGGCCAUGGAGAUGGAGGAUCUAAGGAGUGAGCUCGAGGAGUACAAGCACAUCCAGAACCUCCAUUUCAACAAAGGAGUGCAAACUGAACCUGCAGAGAACUCAGUUCCCGACCUCAACAGAUGCCAUAAGAGGUCAAACGAUGAAACCAGCGGGCAGCAUGGGAACAACAACACGAGCGCCUCCAACAGAAGCUCCCUGGUGUACAGCUUUCACUCCGAUAACAGCAGCAUUUAUUCCAGGAGCCAUUCCGAACCAGACAAGGCCCAAACGCUCAACGGAGAGGUAAUGAUGCUGACGCACACACCCGGGCAGCCUCUACACAUCAAAGUAACGCCCCAUCACACUCGAAACACAGCCACGUUCGAGAUUAGCGGACCCUCUGGAGAAAACGCAACGUCGUACACGACGACUGCGGCCGUCGUCCCAUCACCUGGCAUGUCUCCUAAACAGAGGAUCAGCAUCACUCCAGCAAGUGACACCGAUUCAAGCCCCAACUGCACCACCUCCCAGCUAAAUCCAGCAUCCAUCUCCCAGCUGGUAACUUCAAAUCUCUCAUCAAGCUCCAUAACGCCAGACAACAGCUCACCGAUGAAGAUAGUCACCGUCAGGACUUGUUCUCCUGAACCAAGCGAAGCUUUAGGUCGGAGCAGUUUCUGCAGCACUCCUGAGCAGCUCAGCAAAUGGCAGAGUGAAGAGUCUGAGAGCAACGACACCAGUCCCAGCAUCCUCACAGCAGAAGACAGUAAAAUCCACAUCCAUUUAGGGAGCCAGUAUUUACCAUCUCUGAAUGGUACGGACGGCAGAAGCCUGCACACUGUAGGCCCAUACUGUCUUCAGCAUCAACAAAGCACGCAAGUGAUUUCCAACGGCUGUCUGGUCAAAAGUGUGGGGAAGAUUACGAGCAGCAUCACGAUUUCUCCGGCUUUAGCUCCUGCAUCAUCAAACAUCACAGUGAAAGGUCUUUACAGCUGUGAGUAGACCAAAAAAAAAAAAAGGAAGAACCGUAUUUUUAGAGUCAUAAGUUGCUCUGAAGAAUAGGUUGAAGAUGCAAAAUUAUGCAUAGAAAAAUAUCAUGUACACGUCGCUCUUUUGGGAGAAGUUUAUUUAACAAAAUACGAGAACAAGAACUGAUAUUUUACCUUGAAAGGCAAAUCCUAAUAACAGAAUAGAUAAUAAUAACAGACUGAAUAUCUGCACGCUUCACUACAAUAACAAUUUGAUGCUUUUUUAGCUUCAGGAAUUAUUCAGGAUUUUUGAUGUGGUUGAAAAUUUGUUUCUUAAAGAAGUAUAUUUGAUGGAUGACAGAAAAGAACAACAGAUUGCUGUCAACCCUUUCUUUAAAAAAAAAAAAAAAAUUUGAUCAUUUACCAUCACAAUGUGGAUCUGUAGUUUCCAAUGUCAAAAACUAGACAAAUAAAAUGUAUCUUAAAAUAUAUGGAUUAAAAUAAUGACAUAAGACAAUAGAAACCGACAUAAUUGGUAAAAACAUUUGUUUCUUUUUGGUUCAAGUUAAAAUGCAAAAAAUGUCUUCCACUCUUUUCAAAUCAAUGUCUGUAUAUUUAAUUAUACAGAUACAAGCCAAGUCAUCAAUCAACUCUGAUCACCUUUAACUUAAGGUCUGAGCAGAAUUUAUCAGAUACAUGUCAGAUACAUGAUAUAUAUCUUAGUCACAUCUGUGCAAAAUGAUCCACAUUGUCAUUUUUCUCUGAGUUAUUCUCUGAGCUAUUUGCAAGUCCUUUAUUUCCUCGUUUUUAAAAGUUAAUCUAACAUUUAGACUUUAACGAUCUUUUGUGCCUUGGCAAUUUUCAUCUUGUCAUCUGCUUUUGAACGGCUGCAGUGUGCAGAAAAUAGAGUAACCAUAAAGCUGUUGGAGCUAUAAACCCAACCUCAACAGAACCAAUGAACAGUUGAACUUGUUUUCAGGGUAAAUGUUUUGGGGUAUUUCAAAUAUCUUAUAUUCUUACCUUUCUAUGAACGACUGGAUGACAAAAAAAAAGAUGUUUUUUUUACUCCAUCGUGUAUUUUAAUCAAUCUAAUAUGUACUGCUUUUUUAUGUGUUUAGAAACAUUUUAUUGUGUUUAACUUUUUAUUUGUACGUGUCAAUGUCAUACAAAAACGAAUAAAAAAAUGUUUAAAACUUCCA